AUGGGGGAAGAGCAGAAACAGGUCAAGAGGUCAAUUGCCAUUGGCGACGAGCCCGUUAUUUUGAAGGAAACGAUACCUGCGAUGACGACACCGAAAGACACGCCCAAAGACGCGCCGACGAAGUGGAACACAAACAAACUCGGUCUGCGCCUUGGAAGCGAUGCGCUCGCUGCAUGCGCUGCUGGUACGCUCGUUGCGCCCAUCAUCACGAUGAUCGACAAAGGCAUCAUGGAGAACGCGAGCGGGAGAAACACACUCGGCGAGAGCUUGAAGACGAGCGCUCGAGAGCUGCUACUGAAGCCGCACCGAUUUCUGGGAAGUCGGCCGUUCGUGCUGAUCUUCAGCCUGUACUUCGGCACCUACUUCACCGCAAACAGCAUCGACACCGUCUCCUCCGCACGCACCAACACCGCCUACUCCAGCACCACCGCUGGCACUUCCAAGUUCCUGGCAGUCUCGACCUCGAACCUCGCCCUCUGCCUCUACAAAGACAACCAGUUUACCCAGCUCUUCGGCAGCAGCGGCUCGAAACGACCCGUCCCCCUGCCCACAUUCGCUCUCUUCACCGUCCGCGACUGCCUGACAAUCUUCGCCUCGUUCAACCUGCCGCCACUCUUCGCGCCCAAGAUCGACGCUUACAUGGGCGACGAGAUGAGGAGGUACGUCGCGGGCGCCAGCGUCGCGCAGUUUGCGACCCCAGCUGCGAUCCAGUUCGUGAGCACCCCGCUGCAUCUGCUGGGUCUGGAUCUGUACAACCGUCCCGGUGCGGGCAUGGCCGGGGCCGAGGGUCGCGUUGCGCAGGUUGUGAAGAACUGGGCUAAGAGCGCGUUUGCCAGAAUUGGGAGGAUCAUUCCUGCGUUUGGUGUGGGAGGCGUAGUGAACACGAAGGUGAGGAGAGGUUUGAUGGAAAGGCUGGAGUAA